AUGUACCAGGAUAUUUCCGCCCUUACUCCUGAAGAGAGCUUCAUUCGUUUUAAAGAAUUCAACUCCGGGCCAGGACCUUCAGCGGAGUGGCUGGCAAAGAAGAAAAAGUUGAGAGAUGCAUGGCUCACAUCUCAACGUAAGACGACGACGACGACGACGACAGCGCCACCCUCUGAUCGAUCCACUACCAUUCGUUUCGCAGUACUUGGAUUCCUCGCUUUGAUAACGAUCAUCUCACCUGGGCUGUGA